AUGGGAGACACAGUCGCUGCUGCAGAAACCAGCAAUACUGCAAAAGCUGUCACCUAUGAUGCUAAUCACCCCUAUCACCUUAAUAACUCCGACUCUCCGGGUAUGACUCUAGUCAAUAGUGUAUUUGAUGGAAGAGGAUACCCAGGAUGGAGGAGGUUCAUUCUCUUGUCCUUGUCAGCUAAAAGGAAGCUUGGAUUCAUCAAUGGAGGUUGCAAAUCUCCAGGUCUCAACUCUCCAGAACUUGAGCAAUGGAAUUGUGUGAAUGAUAUGGUCAUCUCUUGGAUCCUUAAUGCUCUCUCAAAGGACAUUGCUGACAGUGUCAUCUAUUCCAAGACUGCCAAGGAGCUUUGGGACAGCCUUGAACAGAGAUUUGGGAAAUCAAAUGGAGCAAAGCUCUAUCACCUGCAAAAGGAACUAUCAGGUUUAGUACAGGGGAAUAGUGAUAUUGCAGGUUAUUUCACUAAACUUAAACGUUUGUGGGAUGAAUUGGAUGCCUUGAAUGUCAUUAUAUGCUGCUCUUGUGUUUGUACUUGUGAAGGAAAGGAAAAAUUAACUAAGUCACUAGAAGAUCAAAGGUUGAUCCAAUUUCUAAUGGGACUAAAUGACAUUUAUGCACAGGCAAGGGGAAACAUCCUCAUGAUGAAUCCCUUGCCCAGCAUGGAUGUGGCUUAUUCCUUACUCUUACAGGAUGAAAAUCAAAGGGAGGUUUAUGCAAAUGCAAGUUUUAACUCUCAAUCAGUUUCAUUUAUGGCAGCAGGAGAGAACAAAGAACCUAAUGCACAACUUCUAGCUGAUUUUGCAGCCUUCAUGAUUACAGGACAAGGAAAGAAUCACCAGAAAUUCAGAAAUCAGACUCAAAGGGGAACAGGGACAGGACCCAAAUUCAACAAUUCUGGACACAAGUUUGUUAAACCUCAGCAGAAAUUCAAAGCAAAGAAGAAAUACAACCCAAAUGUGUCCUGCACUUAUUGUGGAAAAACAGGACAUACACAGGAAGAUUGUUACAGAAUCAUUGGUUUUCCUGAUGAUUUUGAAUUCACAAAUCAUAAAGGGUAUCAGAAUCAAAUUAAAGGGAAUGCAGUGGUGGCACAUGAAGAAGAGAAUCCAGGAGGACAAGGAAAUGAGUUUAAUGGGAAUAAUUUUGGACAGCAGCUUAGCAAAGAGCAAGUAGCAGAAAUGAUGCACAUCUACAAGCAAACAAAAUUGGCACAGGCAGGAAAUACAGGAAUCAAUGCUAAUGCAAUAGCAGGUACUAUUCUGAAGUAUUCAGGAUCAGUUUUCACUACUUUAAAAUCAGACACCUGGAUAAUAGAUUCAGGUGCCUCAGAGCAUAUGUGUUUUGAUUCUAAUUCUUUCUUGUUUCUCUCUCCACUCCCUGUACCUUUGAACAUCAGUUUACCUAACUCUUUCAAGGUAAUUGUUACUCAUAUAGGGAGCAUUUCUAUCCUGCCUGGUCAUGUUCUGAACAAUGUAUUGCAUGUCCCAGAAUUCAAGUAUAACCUGCUGUCAGUUCAUAGGUUUUGUGUUCAAUUUAAAUAUGAUGUGCUUUUCACAUCUGUUGAGUGUGUGUUGCAGGGCCUUUCAAUGAAGAGUCCUCAAGCUUUUGGUGAAGUUAGAGAAGGACUCUACUUAUUGGAACCAAGUAGUAUCAAGUCUAAGGGUUUAUUUAGCAAUGAUGUAUUUUCAAUUCCAAAAGGAAGAAAUUCCAUUUCUGAGUCUGUUUCUUUUUCUAGUCCAGUCCUAGUGAACACUGUUUCAGAUGUUAAUCUUUGGCAUGUAAGAUUGGGUCACCUCGCAUUUUCAGCAAUGAAGCAUUUAGAUUUCUUUCAUUCCAGAUCUAAUUCUGAUUUUGUUUGUGAUGUGUGUCCUAAAGCUAGACAAAUCAGAAAUCCUUUCCCUAUCAGUAAAAUAAGUUCCAAGCACAGAUUUGAGCUUAUACAUAUUGACACAUAG